AUGGGCAAGUCGUACUCCAAAACAGAGGACAAGGACGAGACCAUUUCCCAAAAUGCGUCGGAAGGUUCUAAUACGGAAGUUUCAUCACAAGAAAUCCUGAUUGAAAGUGCAGCUUUAGCGGAAGAAGAAAAAGACGUAGAAGAUAGCGAUUUGGGGCAGCCAUCAAUUUCGCAAACACCAAAACCACUGACAUCCCGUCGUCAUCCUGCUACCGAUAUAGCGGAGCGGCUCAUGACAGAAAACUGA